UACUUUCCCAAAUAAACACGUCAAUAAGUAUAAAUUUUUUUUUUAAAGCGCCGUAAGAUGCAUCCAGGGCAGAUUGAUGUCAAUGAAAUUACGGGCUAUUGGUCAUUUCUUAUGAGCAUCGAUUGGAAGGAUCCGUGGCUUAUCGGAUUAAUAUUGCUGCACGUGCUGACGACGAGUACGGCUCUGCUCACCCGUAACAAUGCAAAUUUCCAAGUUUUUCUCUUUCUCGUGCUCUUGACUGUAGUUUAUUUCUCGGAGAGCAUCAAUGAAUAUGCAGCUCUGAAUUGGAAAACAUUCUCCAAGCAGCAAUAUUUUGAUAGCAACGGCCUGUUUAUCUCGACGGUAUUCUCCAUUCCAAUACUGCUCAACUGCAUGCUACUGAUCGGUACUUGGCUGUACAACUCAACACAAAUGAUGGCCACGUUGAAGACAGCCCAGCUGCGGGAGAAGGUGCGCCAGCGCAAUAGUGCGACAAGAACGCUCAUAAGCACGGAUACUCCUCUGAAGGAGGAUUAGUCAUAGGGAAUUACUCAAUUAUUCAAGCAGGCGAAGCCAUGUAGCGUGUAUUUUGCAUCAGGUGUAUAUUUGUUUGUAUAACAUGCCAAGUUCAAUAUUUUUUUGUCAUAAAGUGUUGUCCCGCCCCCUAAUUGUACUAAUAAAACAGCUAGAGUAGCUAUUUAAAAUCAAAA